AUGAGCAAUGGUCCGAAUGGUUUAGAAGUUAAUAUUGUUAAAGACAACGUACCUAUUCGAAAUUAUAUUGCGGAAUAUCUUCUCAAUGAUUUAACAUCAGAUAUACAAUAUAAAAUACGAGUAGCUACAGUCAACGAAUUUGAUCAAGAAGAAUUUCUUAAAACUGAACCAACACGUAUUAAAGAACAAAAUAGUAAAUUACAUUUAUUUUUCAUUUAAUUAUAUUUCUCUUUUUAACUCCACCAUUAAAAUCUGUUGAUUUAGCUUAUAUAUCGAUUGAUGUUAGUUGGUUACAGCCAGAUGAAUUUGGUUCUAAAAAAACAUUAUUUAUUUUAUCAACAUUCAUCAAAAUCAAGUUUUGAAUGAAAAUUAAUUUAUCGUAUAAACUGAAUGUAAUUAUCGUAUACAUUGGAUACUGUUGGUUCAUCAUUAUCAUAUUAUCUGUAUUACAAUUGAAUAUAAUCUUAAUGAAUUUGAAUGAGAAUAAUAUAUUAAUUUACUUUGUUAUAUUAUUCAAAUGAAUGAUGGC